UUCGGUCUUGGCACGCGCGGUCCGAAUUGGGCAGUUUUUCUCCCCCCAAAAAGUCAGCCCAAAGGUAGCAGCAGCCAGCUAGCCCCCCAGCGAGACUUCCAGCGGACCGCAGCCCGCUUUUUCAACCAUCUCCACCUCCUUGCAUCGGCCGCGCGUGUCGCCAAACGCCUAAACGAAAGAAAGAAAAAAAAGUCUGCCCUGCUGCUCAGCCGGGCUAAACAAAGCAGCCAAUAUGCAUCGAGGCCUCACAAGGCGGUUUUGUUGUUGGGAAUUGAAUUUAAUGUCGACAAAAAAAAAGGAGAGAAAAAAGUUGUUUUGUUUAUCCACAAUGCCAGCUGGGCUGGCUGA